AUGGCGGUGCCAUUGAAGCAGCCUGCUACAGGGCUCGUCUUUGCUUCAUCAAGGAGCAUCUCGAGAGGUCUUCUUCUACCUGCCAGCUAUAGAUGCUUCUCCGUGCUCAACCGACCGCCGCCGAACUACGAGGGCCAUGUUCCUCUCACGAGGACUGAACGGCUGGGCCUAACACUCGGCUCAGGGCUAAUGAGCUUUCUAGAUCCUCGAAGAGGAGAUCUCAUUGCAGCCUUCGGCGAAGCCACAGCCCAACCUUACUUCAUAUACAAGCUUCGCGAUCGCAUGCUCCUACAUCCCACUGGCCGUCGAAUCCUCCGCGACCGACCUCGCUUGACCUCUACUUCGCUUGAUAUACCACGCCUUCGAAACCUCCCGCCGAACACACUGGGCUAUGCAUACGCGGCGUGGCUCGAUCGCGAAGGGGUAUCACCAGAUACCAGAGCUCACGUACGCUACAUAGAUGACGAAGAAUGCGCAUACGUCAUGCAGCGAUACCGCGAAUGCCACGACUUUUAUCAUGCGCUAGUCGGCCUCCCCGUGUUUCGGGAAGGCGAAGUCGCGCUCAAGGCAUUCGAGUUCGCAAAUACCGGGCUGCCAAUGACUGGCCUGGCGGUCUUCAGCGCACUCACAUUGAAGAAGGCAGAAUGGCGGAGAUUCUGGGAGAUAUACGGCCCGUGGGCAUUCAGGAAUGGUGCGAAGAGUGACGACGUGAUCAAUGUGUAUUGGGAAGAAGAGCUGGAGACGGAUGUAGAUGAGCUGAGGGGGAGGCUAGGGAUCGAGAAGCCUCCGGAUCUACGGGCUAUAAGGAAGGCGGAGAGGGAGGCUCGGAAGAGGGAGAAGCAUGCCCGAGAGGCUGCCAAAGGUGCUGCUGUAUAACAUGCAUGUAAGAUACUAUGAAGAGUGAAGUCACGGCACCUCUCAAUUCGAUUUAUGCGCAUUCAGUUGACUGUAGAAUAGAUUCUCAUUUCGAUUUAAAGGUGGGUGGAAAGCUUCUUCGGCACUAAAACCACCUCGAUCCUACUCAAUGUUAGCCAGUCCGAGACCUCCCUCUCUCCUAUUCAUGCC